CUCCUUCGCCUUGCUCUUACAUAUAUCGUCACAUUAAGCCUCGGGGUCUUGUUUCAUUCCCCUCUUCUUUUUUUUAACAUAUAUAUAAUAUCUCUCUUCCACGUCUUUCAAGGAAAUAUAAUUUACAAAAAGUGCCCAAAGAAAACAUGAGUAGGCCCGGAGACUGGAACUGCAGGUCAUGCAGCCACUUGAACUUCCAGCGGCGGGAAUCGUGCCAGCGUUGCGGCGACUCUCGCUUCUCCUCCGCCUCCGCCGGAGAUUUCGGCUGUUACGGUGGUAGAGCGGCGGCGUUAGGGUUCACCACCGGCUCCGACGUCCGUCCAGGUGAUUGGUACUGCACCGUCGGCAACUGCGGGACCCACAACUUUGCCAGCCGCUCCUGCUGCUUCAAGUGCGGCGCCUUCAAGGACGACUCCGCCUCAGGGGCGCCGGCCGCUCCGGAUGGAAAUCCGGCGACUGGAUUUGCACUAGAUUUGGCUGUAACGAACACAACUUCGCAAGCAGAAUGGAGUGUUUCAGAUGCAGUGCCCCAAGAGGAGACUUCACCGACAGAACCUCCUCCUUCUGAUGUGUUCCCUCCAUCUUUGGGCACUGCUUGCAUGAAAGAGAAGAAGCAGCGACAGAUCCAAAUUCAAGUGGAUUUUUGUUAGAUGUAUUUCCAAGAGGACCGAGAUAUAGUUACUUUAUAUUAUAUGUUUGUUUUGGAUGUAUUAUCCGUUUUUUUUUAAUUUUUGUUCCCAUCACUUCUUUUUUGAAUUGUUUUUUUUUGUUAAUCUUUUUCUGGUUUUUGAGAGUUUUUAUUUAAUCAUUGUACGUUGCAUGGCUUUCUUAAAAGAAGAUUCUCUUCUCUAUUACCA